UCUCUGUCUCUCUCUCUCUGUCUCUCUCUCUCUCUGUCUCUCUCUCUCUCUCUGAACGGAAGAACACUCUUCUCUUUUCUCUGUUGCCACCAGAUGGUUUUGUUUCUAGGACUAUGUGUUUAACAGAGAAUGGCGGACUCAAACGCCAUUGAGGAGCUUCAGUCGGAGCUCACCUGUCCGGUUUGUCUCGAGCUCUUCAACGACCCGGUGAUCCUGGAGUGCGGCCACCACUUCUGCCAGGUGUGCAUCAUCCAGUGCUGGGAAGCCAAAGCCGACGAGCUGGGGAGCUGCCCGAAGUGCAGAAAGUCCAGCGGGCGUAAACUGAGACCCAACUCUCUGCUGUGUAACGUCGUGGACAGCGUCCGCAGAGCCCGGGCCAUGGACACGGCCUCCGGGACCACCAGCAGCUGGUACUCGGCCCACGGGUCUCUGGAUGAGCCGGAGGAGAGGGACCGGGAGCCCGGAUCCUCCAUGAGCAGCGUGGCCUCCUCCACCAGCCACUGGCCGCACAGCGGGGUGGAUAUGUGCGAGGAGCAUGAGGAGAAGCUGAAGCUGUACUGUGAGGACGACCAGCUGCCCAUCUGUCUGGUGUGUGGCAUGUCCAGAGACCACAAGAUGCACAAUGUCAUCCCCAUCACAGAGGCCUUUGAGAACUACAAGGACAAGCUGUCUGUCGCUCUGGACAGGGUUCAGCUGCAGACGGAGGAGGCCACCAUCUUCCAGAGACUGACCAAUGAAAAGAUCCUCCUCAUUAAGGGGCGAGCAGGAGAUCUGGAGGAGAUGGUCACUGCAGAGUUUGGCCUUCUGAGGGAGUUCCUGCUGGAGGAGGAGGAGCGCAUCAAGGAGAAACUGCAGAAGCAGAAAGAGGAGAAGCUCAACCAGCUUGAGGAGGCGCUCACUCAGACCACGGAGCAGAUCAGCCAGCUGGAAAGCACCGCCGACCAGCUUCAACACAAACUGACAGAAGAAGAAAACCCAAAGCAACUCAAGGGAAUCAAAGAUUUCAUUGGAGGGGCUGAGAGCUUGUUUGAGCGCCCCCCAGAGGUGGCUGUGGAUCUGCAGUCAGGAGACUUCCUGGGACCUCUACAGUACAGGACCUGGAGGAAAAUGAGCUCCAUUUUUCAGCCAGCUGUCACAGCGGUGACCCUUGACCCGUACACAGCCUACCCCUGCCUGUUGGUGUCACCGUGUCGCACCAGCGUCCAGGUGGGAAAACUCCAGCCCAACCUGCCCAACAACCCAGAGCGCUUCACUCUCUACAACAUCGUCCUGGGCUCUGAGGCCUUCUCCUCUGGGAGACACUACUGGGAGGUGGAUGUGGGCUACAAGACGGCGUGGGGUCUGGGUGUGGCCACGGCCUCCGUCAACAGGAAGGAUGAGAUCAGCCUCUGCCCUGAUGACGGUUUCUGGACCCUGGUGCUGAGGGAUAACGCCGACGGCACCAGCGAGUACGAGGCAUGCACCGACUCAGAGGACAGCUUGAUAUAUCCCUCCAAACCCCCCAGGAGGGUGGGGGUCUACCUCGAUUACAGUAGUGGUGACGUGGGGUUUUAUGAUGCAGGGAACAUGAGCCACCUCUUCACCUUCUAUAAUGCUAAAUUCAAAGAGCCCGUCUUCCCGUACUUUAAUCCCUGGCCGAUAAUCAACGGACAAAACCGGGAGCCGCUCACCAUAGUGACGCCACACUGGGGAUAGACGUCAUCUUCAUCAGAGGACACACUCAGAAUAAAACUGCACAAGAAGAUUCAGCAGCUGAUGAUGGACUCAUCUCAUGAGCACUCACACAUCUGCCUUAAAGACUGCUGUAUUAAUGAUGUGCUGAUGAGGAACACGCAGAAAACCCUGAAACUCAUCUUGUAAGACUUGAAAUAAGAAGAUUAAACUACUAAAGUACAAGACAACUGACACUUUAAAGGACAAGGCUGUAUAUAUUCUACAAUUUACAAAACCAACAAUGAACUAAUCAUACUAACAAGUACUGUCCAUGUAGCCAAAGCCUGAUUUAUGUUAUUCCUCUGUGCCAUAGACCUCCAUUCUAUUGCAAAAAAUACAAUGCAUUCAGGCAGUUCCUUCAACCUCAUGGCUUGGUGUUUGCUCUCAUAUCUUACUGUAUAUAGACAGGUAUGUGCCUUUCCAAAUCAUGUCCAAUCAAUUGAAUGUACCACAGGUAGACCACAAGCAAGGUGUAAAAACAUCUCAAAGAUGAUCAAGAGAAAUGGGAGGCACCUGAGCUAAAUUUCCAACACUCUCCCACAAAAUUAUGUUCCCAUACUAAACUGCAUUCUCAAUUACGUUUUGAGGGAAACACAAGUGAAAGCUGACUUUUAGUUUCACACUAACAUCGGUCUUCUAGUGGAAAGUCCUGUGUUUUGUUUUUGGGUUUUUUCAUCAGUGGCCACUCCCGGUAAAAAUCCCCCUGCAGCCCAAAAAACAUUUCCCCAUAGACCAUAGUGACAUCUGUAAAAUUGUUGACAGGACACCUUGAACUACAAACAAGGUCAAUACGACUCUUUCUAUUCCGAAAUUUUGAUCCAUGGAGAUUUUAUAUUUGUAAAACUUUCCUCGAGCCGAGACAAGCGAUUUUAAAAUCGUUGACGUCACCACAAUGUAAAGUCUAUGGACCAGCGGGAGAAACACUACUGCACAUAUUCAGUGAGCUUUAUACCCCGGAAGUAAACCCGGAAGCUAAAAAAACGUUUCUGGCGUAUGCGCCAGGUGAACAAUGCUCAUUGGAAUGAAUAGGAACCAUUUUACUGUCCGUUAUCAAGUUCUUAUUAUACAUCCAUGACUAUUACAGACUAGUACAAACGUAUUUGUGAUAAGACGAACGUAGUCCGCGACAAAAUAUGGUUCCCUCCAAACAUUUUUGAGAAUGCAGUUUAGUUGUAUGGGAAUGUGAUUUUUAGGAGACAAGUGUCAAAGGGUCUUAUGUCAAUGUAAUAUUUCACUUUUUUUCUUUUUAAUAAAUUUGCAAAAAAAACUUCUAAAAUUCUGUUUUUGCUUAUUAUGGUGUCAAUUGAUGAGGGAAAAAUUAAUUUAAAGAUUUACACGUUAAGUUGACAUGAAUGGGGCUGAGAGCCAAAUAAAUAUAUAUUAUUAUAUACUGAUAUUAUAUUAUGAAAUAUGUAUUAUAUAAAUAUAUAACGCAUUGUUUGUGUUGGUCUUGUUGACGAUAAGAAAAGCAAAGAAUAGCCUUAUGAUAUAAGUGUUGGUAUUGGUUCAUUAGUGAAGCUGUAAGGCAUAUUGUUAACUAAUGUAGCCAGAGACCUACUGUGGAGUUUUUGACCUCUAGUAGAACUAUGAAUUAUCACGUGACUGCUAGUAAACAUGGAUGUAAACAAUGCAGCAUUAAAAUAAAUCAGCUUUGCAAAUGUUUUACGACAAAGAAAAAUGCAUUGAACACAUCUGUUAGAGCUCAAGGAUACCCACAAUGCAUGUUGGUGAGUAAUACUGAAUGUAAACACAACUUUUGUUUGUUUAAAAGAAAACUCCACAGAGCAACUUUAACUGCAUAAAGGUUUUUAAAUUGUAUUAACUUUUUGCUGCAAUAUCUUACUGUGUAUUUCGAAACCAUAUCUAACAAUAUGAUAUCAUAUAUUUUUUACUGUUGUGUAUCCAAUCCUGUUAUUCUAAUGACGUGCAGUUCAUCUAAGGAAAUGAUACAGUGAAGUCAACAGAAGUAAUAAUCUUCUAUAUGUCUUUACGCUCUGCAAAAAUGUCAUUUUAAAAUACCUAAGUGUCUUUGAACGUUUUGACUUGAGAAAACACUGUCUAGAUAUUUGGCAUUGAAUUGUAAUAUGAUUAAAUUUCCUACUGAG